AUGAAGAACAACAGCUAUCGUGUCCAUUUUGCUGCGCCAGGCUCUUCCUCGACCAGGCCUGCCACUUCCUCAGUUGCGCCUACUUCUGUUGGUGCGCCUGCCUCUUCCUCAGUUGCACCUGCACACUCUUCCUCAGUUGCACCUGCUGGUGCGCCUGCCGUUGCUGCACAGAUGGCAACUAAUGUUGACAUUAGUGACUCAAAGCUUUGGCCUGAUUUUGUAACUAAAGUUUUCAUUGACAUUAUGGUUGAUGAAGUUACAAAAGGAAAUAUGCCAAAUGGUGUGUUUCAUAAUAGAACAUGGACCUCAAUGACUACUAGGUUGAGUUGUAUAACUAGUCGAUCAUUCAAAGCUGGACAACUAAAGGCAAAAAUGCAUAGGCUGCGAGCUAUGUAUCGUGAGUUCUAUUCCCUCUUGCAAAAUACUGGAUUUGGGUGGAAUGCUGAAACCAACACAGUUACUGCUAGUGAAGAGGUCUGGAGAAAUUAUCUGAAGGUACAUGAUAAAGCUUCUCAAUUUCAAAAGAAAGGGUGUGAUCAUUAUAAGUUGUUGGAGAUGAUAUUCAACAAAAAUAAUGCAACUGGAGUACUUCAUCACUCAUCUACCCAAGAUCCACCAAAUACUGAUGAAGAAAAUGAGCUUGACAAUCAAUACCUUAACAAUGGGAGUGCGAGUCAUGUACGUGUUGAUAAUGAUAGUUCAGAUGAUGAUCUACAUGAAGUGGAGCACAUCACACGUAGUGGAAAGAAACAAGUUCAAGUACGAUCCAGGAAAGAGUCUACAUCACAUAUGAUGGGAGAGGCACUUUCAGCAUGGGCUAAAGCAUCUUUGGCAAAAGCUGAGAGGUAUAGGGAUAGGAGUGUGGAGGCUACUUCACGUGUAACAUCAGACUGCUCUCUUACUAAGUGUGUGGCUAUUCUAGAUGAGAUGGAAGACAUUGCUCAUGAUGUAUAUGGAAAAGCUUUGGAAAAGUUUAUGAAUCCUGAUUGGAGAGAAGUGUUCAUCGCCAUGUCUCUUGAGAGGAAACGUGGAUGGGUACUUAGACUUUAA